AUGGAUGAAUCACAUUUAAAGACAACAAGAGAAUGGAUGCAUCAUUCAUCUAUUCAAAGAAAUGGAUUGGCUAGCUCCUCGGGAGAUCAAAAACAACAUUAUUUCGUGCCACAACCCGAUGAAGAUGAGAAUGAAGAUACUUUUUUGACUCGUGAAGAACUUACCAAUCCAGUGGAGUUGGCAAAGGCAGUCAAAACAAGAUUACCAUUAUAUGUUCCAAUUGUAAAGUGGAUUAGACAAUAUUCAAGACAAGAUCUAAUUGGUGAUAUAUUGUCAUCUAUUACAGUAGCCACUAUGUUGGUACCACAAGCAUUGGCCUAUGCAAUUCUAGCCGGUGUGCCACCAAUUUAUGGUUUAUAUUCAGGUUGGUUACCAUUGGUGAUUUACGCAUUCAUGGGUAGUUGCAAACAAUUGGCAGUUGGACCUGAAGCUUUGUUGUCAGUGUUGUUAGGAACUCUUCUAGUUGGUAGUAAUGAGGAGGAUAAAGCCGAGUAUGCACAUUCAUUGGCAUUUUUAGUUGGUGUUGUCAGUUUCCUCUUUGGUAUUCUUCAAUUUGGAUUUAUGGGUAGCAUCAUUUCGCGUUGGGUACUCUCAGGUUUCAUCAAUGCCGUCGCUUUGAUUAUUGCAAUCUCACAGUUGGAAGCUCUUCUUGGAUUGGAACCUGGCAAAAAAACCCAAGCCCACGACUUGGAAGCGCUUCUUGGAUCGAGCUCUGGCCAGGAAACCCAGCCCCACGACGGUCCCUAUCAGAAAUUCUGGUAUGCUAUAACACAUCUUGGCAGUGCCAACAAAGCUACCAUUAUCUUCUCGGUCGGAUGCAUCGUCUUUUUGUUUGGUAUGCGUAUAGUGAAGAUGAUUCUCGCAAAGAGGGGAUUCAAGUAUGCUAAGUACAUCCCAGAUAUUAUGUUGGUCGUCGUCAUUUCGAUCUUGAUCACUAAAUUCGGCGAACUCGAAAGUCAUGGUGUUGCUGCCAUUGGAGACAUCGAUGGUGGUUUCCCAAUUCCCAGAUUCCCCAAGUUUGAUUUGGAAGAGUUGAGAGCAAUGCUCCCAGAAGCAUUUUUGAUUGUCAUUAUUGGUUUCGUCGAAGCCACUGCAGUUUCAAAGGGUCUCGCCACAAAACACAAUUAUUCGAUCAGCUCCAAUCGUGAGCUUGUCGCUUUCGGUACUGCCAAUAUUUUGGGUUCGAUCUUCAAGACCUACCCAGUGUUUGCUUCGAUCCCACGUACCAGUAUCCAAGAUUCGUCGGGUUCACGUACCUGUUUGUCUGGUUUCCUCACUUCCUGUCUUCUCUUGUUCACUUGCCUCUUCUUGACUGGCCUCUUCUACCAUCUUCCAAAAUGUACGAUGGCUUCUAUUAUCUUUGUUGCCGCCUUUGGUUUGUUGGAGCUUCACGAAGUCGUCUUCCUCUGGAAAACUAGAUCCUGGGGUGACUUGGUACAAUUCAUGGUUGCUUUGCUUGCCACCUUUAUCUUGGAGGUCGAAAUUGGUAUUCUCAUCUCUGUUGGAAUGUGUAUCUUCUUGGUAUUGAAGCACUCUUCAUCGCCACAUGUCUACAGUGUUCUUGGAAGAGUUCCAGGAACCAACCGUUUCAAAGAUGUUUCCAAGUUCCCAGAGGCCGAACCAAUCGAAGGAAUCCUCUUGAUUCGUAUCGACGAAGUUUUAUACUUUGCAAACAUUUCACAGUUCAAGCAGCUACUUGCUGAGAUCGAGCGUAUGAUGGACAAGUCCGCUAUGGAGGCUGGUAACGGUGGUACUCCACUCCAAUCGAUUAUUAUCAACAUUGUCAACAUUCCUGUUGUGGAUGCCAGUGCUCUCCUUACUCUCCAAGAGAUGGUAGAAGCCUAUCACAAGCGUAACAUCAAGGUAUCAUUUGUUCAGAUGUCCGAGAAGAUCAAAGAUUCCUUCAAAAAGUCUGGAUUGUACGAUUUGAUUACACCACAACUCAUCUUUGAUUCCAACUACGAGGCUGUCACCUAUCUCGAGCACAACUCCAACCAAAAUGCCAACGACCUCUCUGUUGAUAUUCCAACAACCAGAGGUGCAUUCGAUCAAGAUGAAGAGGACUACACUCCAAGUAGCCCUGGUGCAAUCAUUGCUGAUGGUAUAAGAAUGGACGAUUUUUCCGAUCCAGAUUCAGAUGAAUUUAUAACUAAAAAAUAA